CCCUAUCUCAUCUCAUAUCCAGCAGCUGCCUAGCUCUACUUACUACCUGCGCAGUGUUGUGUGGUACUGUAGUAAGUAGCAGGGAAGAACCGUUCCGAGUACACAGCGUACUUUUGGACCUGUGGAUACCUUGCUAGGCACCUGCUGCUCGCAACAUCCCCGGAUACGUCGUGUCAAUCCGGAAGUAAGCCGAGAGGAAGAGAGAGAUGCCGAUCGAGGCGGCAGACAACGUACCGGCCGAGCUUCCCGGCCACGGCCGGACGGUGUGCGUCACCGGCGCCGGCGGUUUCAUCGCCUCGUGGCUCGUCAAGCGCCUCCUCCAGAAGGGUUACACCGUGCGAGGCACCGUUCGCAACCCAGUUGAUCCGAAGAAUGAUCACCUCAGAGCCUUCGAUGGCGCCGCCGACCGCCUCAUCCUCCUCCGCGCCGACCUUAUGGAGCCCGAAACCCUCGUCGAGGCGUUCACGGGCUGCGAGGGCAUCUUCCACGCCGCUUCCCCCGUCACCGACGACCCUGAGAAGAUGAUCGAGCCGGCGAUCCGAGGGACCAAGUACGUGAUCACGGCAGCCGCGGACAUGGGCAUCAAGCGUGUGGUGUUCACGUCCACCAUCGGCACGGUGUACAUGAACCCCCACAGGGACGCCAGCAAGCCCGUCGACGACACCUGCUGGAGCGACCUUGAAUACUGCAAAAAGACAGCGAACUGGUACUGCUACGCGAAGACGGUGGCCGAGCAGGACGCGCUGGAGACGGCCCGGCAGCGCGGCAUCGAGCUGAUCGUGGUGAACCCGGUGCUGGUGCUGGGCCCGCUGCUGCAACCUACGGUGAACGCGAGCACGGAGCACGUGAUGAAGUACCUGACGGGGUCGGCCAAGACGUACGUGAACGCGGCGCAGGCGUACGUGCACGUCAAGGACGUGGCCGAGGCGCACGUCCGCGUCUACGAGGCGCCCGGCGCGCACGGCCGCUACAUCUGCGCCGAGGGCACCACGCUCCACCGCGGCGACCUCUGCCGCGUCCUCGGCAAGCUAUUCCCUGAGUACCCCGUACCCACCAAGUGCAAGGACGAGGUGAACCCACCGGUGAAAGGGUACAAAUUCACCAACCAGAGGCUCAAGGAUCUGGGCAUGGAGUUCGUGCCGGUGCUGCAGAGUAUAUACGAGACGGUGAAGAGCCUCCAGGAGAAAGGGAUGCUGCCGGUGCUACCGCCAGGCGACGACAUCCCAGACAACCUGCAUGAGCAGCUCAUGAUGAAGCCCGCCCAGUUGCUACGUAAUUAAUUAUACUCUACAUUUGAUACAGAUAUGCUGUCGGCUAGUUAAUUCUAUGGGACAUGUCUGUCCAUUCGAUCGGUCUUAUAUAUGCGUACACCGGUACACGUAUGCACUUUUAAUUGGUGCAUGCAUGCGUGCGUGAGUGGGUGGGUUGGUUGGCGAUCACAUACAUGGAUCAGUGCUGUAUGACGCACAGACACACACACAAUGUUAUAUGCAUAGUGAUAUAAAUCCACGGACUACAAUAACCA